AUGACUUCUGAGGGUCCAAUCCGGAGUCUUGGAUUUUCAUCUUCUCGGGGAAUAGCUUUUUACCUCAUGCAAUUUUCCAUGGAUUAUCUACCAGAACAACGAUCCACCCUGCAGGUACCCGUUCCAGAAAUACAGAAGUCCAUCUACCACUUGACCUCCAAGACGGUAUGCUCUAGCACCUGCUUCCAAGCAAUGGCAAUCCAACUGUUCUACCGGCACACUUUCUUAAGCGUAAUGCUCGCAGUCUAUGUGACCCCUAAACAUAUGAAGGGACUGUCAUAUUUCUUGGAAGAAAAGGACGCUGCAUUAUUUAUCACAAAAUCGACUAUCAUUUUGUCAAGUCCAGACCACGGAUAUGCCAAAGAAACAUUCAUGAACGAGGUUUGGUUGCUGCAGCUUGAUAGUUUGAAUACUCAGACUGAUUAA